GCUUCACAAUAUAUCGGCGAAAUCUGUCGCUAUCUUCUCGCCCAGCCGGUUGUCCCCGAAGAGGCUACACAUAAAAUGAGAUUGCUCUAUGGAAAUGGCCUUCGUGCAGAAAUCUGGCAACCGUUUGUCGAUCGAUUCCGAGUUAAAAUUGGCGAAGUCUACGGAUCUACGGAGGGUACAUCAAAUCUCGUCAAUAUUGAUGGCCACGUUGGGGCAUGCGGCUUUUUACCUAUAUCACCUUUAACGAAGAAGAUGCAUCCGGUUCGUCUAAUCCGAGUUGACGACGUAACAGGCGAAGUCGUUCGCUCAAAGUCCGGAUUAUGUAUAGCCUGUAAUCCAGGUGAAAGUGGAGCAAUGGUGUCUACGAUUAGGAAGGAUAACCCUCUACUGCAGUUUGAAGGUUACCUGAAUGAAUCAGAAACGAAUAAGAAGAUCAUAUGUAAUGUCUUCACACAGGGCGAUAGGUGUUUUGUGUCUGGAGACCUGCUCUAUUGGGAUCGUCUUGGUUACGUGUACUUCAAGGACAGGACUGGUGACACAUUCCGAUGGAAGGGUGAAAAUGUUAGCACAACUGAAGUGGAGGCGAUUCUGCACCCAGAGAAAGGUGUAGCUGAUGCCACUGUCUACGGUGUGACCGUUCCAGGACGCGAAGGUCGAGCCGGUAUGGCCGCAGUUGUUCGGAACCACGACGACGACGCCUCUGACGAAGCAUUCGUCGAGCGAAUUGGCAACCGAUUGGCAGCCAGUUUAGCUCCAUACGCUCUACCACAGUUCAUUCGACUUUGCCCGGAAGUCGACAAGACAGGUACUUCUUUUUAG